GUUGAUAGAAUUUAAAAUUAUUACCAUUUUUUAUCUUUUAAUAUUAUUAUUUAUUUAUUUAUUUAUUGAUCUCUUAUUAUUUUAUUAAUGUUGUCUUUUUGAAAACGAUGCAAUUCAAUAUUUACAUGGUUUUUUACAAUUAAAAAUUUCACAUUGGUAUGUUAUGUGCUUUCUUAUAGUGGCAAGUAAACAAAUAAAAGAACGAUCAACAAAUCAAUGUAAGAACACUUUGUAUAUAACAACAGUAAAGGCGUACGAUGAUAAUUAAACUUCUUGAAGGUUAUAAAGUGCAAAUGAAUGCGUAAUUUUUUAUACUCAAUCGAUAAUAAAUUUGUGAUAAAAAUCUACAUUAUAGAUAAUUUACAUUAUAGUGAAAUACCGAUUAGAUAGCAAGUAAACAAAUGAUAAUUAAUUUAGCAGAUAUUAAGCAAUGGAUCGUUGCUUGUUAUUGUUUAAAACAAAAAAGAGGAUAUUCAACAGAAUACUGUAUUCUGCACAAUCAAGUAAUCGAACAAAAAUGGAUAAGUUUACUCGUGAAAUUGAUUUUAAAAUCCUCAACGAAAGAUUCAUUGCAAGCGAACAUUUAUUUGUCACCGAUGAUUGGGAAGAUUUAAGUUAUACCAGUCAUUACGGAUUAUUAAAAAUUUCAAGUCAACUUGUUUUUUUGCGGCCUCCUAUACCUCUAGAAGUAGUCGCUUUGAGAAUUUGCACCUUAUGCGAAGAAUUUAACAGCUUAAAAGCUACAUUUGAUUUAAAUGGAAAUAUACCGAAUUGGCCCUAUUGGGAAAUGUUUUUUAAUUAUUGGACCGUAGUUCAAAAUCGCGCCCAAUGAAAUAAUAAAAAAUGCAUUAAUUUAUUAAAUUAAUUACUUACUUAAAAAUGUUUGU